AUUCACUGUUUUUGAUUUCACAAAUAUGUUGUCUAAGGUUGUUAUUUUCUUGGCUGUUGUUGCUGUUGCCGUAGCGCAGUAUGGCUAUGAGCACGGAGCAGCUUACUCGUCUCAACACAUCUCACGUCACGAUGGACAUCCUGAGAUUGUGAACGUGCACAGCCAUCAUAGCGACUAUUACACGCACCCUAAGUACAUGUUCGAGUACAAAGUGGAAGAUCACCACACGGGUGACAUGAAGUCUCAACACGAGACUCGUGACGGUGACGUGGUGAAGGGCGUGUACUCGCUGCACCAACCAGACGGCUCCGAGCGGACCGUGCACUACCACGGUGACCACCACACUGGAUUCCACGCUGACGUGAAAUAUGACACACACCAUAUUGUUCCGAAGCAUCAUUAUUAAAUAAAGAAAAUUAUUUAAUAAUUGUAAUUAACUAAAAAAAUAAAUUUUAUUUUUCAUCAGUA